CUAUUGUAGGCCAUGUACAUAUACACAAAAACUUUAAGGCAAGAAAGAGUUGAGUCUCUCUGCCUGUUUGUAGAGCCUGUUGGAGUACUGCAGUGUGCAUGGAAGACAAUGAAGAAGAGGAGAGCUGCAGUAUAUACCCGAGCCUGCUGCCACUCGGUACGAAUAUCAAGGCCAAGAUGCAGCAUUUUGUGGAGGACAGGAUGGAGGCCAACAUGUGGACGGCUGUGUUGAUUGGGGCUGUGACAGUUGUUUCUGUCAUUGGAGUUGUUGUUUUCCUAUUUUACAGAAGAUACAAAAUGUCAAAGGAGGAGGCUGGUGUUCCACACUAUCGUUUCAGGAAGAGAGACAAGGUGAUGUUCUAUGGCCGAAAGAUCAUGAGAAAGGUUCAGACAUUGUCCUCAGCCCCUUCUUCUAAUUCAAACUCAGCGUCCCGGCAGAGAAUGAGGAAGAGGACCAAAGUUAUGUCCAUAGCUCGCAAGAUCCUUCGUAUCCGGAGGGAGCCCCCUGCCCUGCAGCCCAAGGAGCCGCCUCCCUGCCUGCUGGAGGCUGACCUAACUGAGUUUGAUGUGCAGAACUCCCAUCUGCCCUCUGAGGUGCUGUACAUGCUGAAAAAUGUCAGGGUGCUCGGCCACUUUGAGAAGCCUCUUUUCCUGGAGCUGUGUCGUCACAUGGUGCUGAUCCAGCUGCAUCAGGGAGAGGGACUCUUCCGACCGGGUGACACUGAUGACAGUAUUUACGUGGUUCAAGAUGGCCGCCUGGAGCUGUGCAUCCAUGAGAGUGAUGGUACAGACGUUGUGGUGAAGGAAGUUUUACCAGGAGACAGUGUUCACAGUUUGCUCAGUAUUAUGGAUGUCAUCACUGGCUAUCCAGCACCUUAUAAAACAGUGUCUGCACGAGCUGCAGUUCCCUCCACUAUCCUGCGUCUUCCAGCUGCAGCCUUCCAGUCAGUUUUUGAGAAAUAUCCUGAAACUCUGGUCCGUGUCAUUCAGAUAAUCAUGGUGCGUCUCCAGAGAGUGACCUUCCUUGCCUUACACAACUACCUUGGCCUGACCACUGAGCUCUUCAACCCGGAGAGCCAAGCCAUCUCCUUGGUAUCGGUGGCCCAUGUUCUGGGUGAGAGUCAUCCACACAAAGGCUUCCGCAGGCAACCUUCCCACUCUGAUGAUCUGGGCUCCGAAAAGGGUGACGCAGAAAAGUCCAGCUUCUCUGACAUGUCCACACCUAAAUACAGGAAACCUCGCUCUCUCUCCACCCCACUGGCUUUAACAGGUGAAAUGUCACUCGACCUCAACAGAGUAUAUGAACGGGCUCGAGUUGCCAAAGAGGACAGUCUGUCUCACAGUCCUAUGAAGUCCAUUCUGAAGAAGAGUGUGACGAUGCAGCACACUCCAUCUGCUGUUUAUCACUAUAGUGAUGCUGGAGGAGGAAAUGUCCAGUAUAAUAAAGUCAAUGCCAUUUUCCAAGCUGCCAAGAAGGAUCUGCUGCAGGUCAUCCAAUUACAGGAUGCCAGCCUGCUUGAGGGGAGGGUGAAUUUUCGGCAGGUCAAAGCCAGCUCUGUUGUGGCCCACCAGGGAGACCAGGAUGUGAGUGUGGCAUUUGUCAUCUCUGGAUCGCUCCAUGUUUACCAGCGUAUGAUAGACCGUGAGGAGGAGUCUCUACUGUUUGUCACCCACCCAGGGGAGAUGGUGGGUCACCUGGCUGUUCUUACAGGGGAGCCCCUUAUCUUCACUGUGCGAGCUCACAGAGACUGCACCUUCCUCUCCAUAUCCAAGGCCCACUUCUAUGAGAUAAUGCGUGAGGAGCCUAGGGUGGUGUUGAAUGUAGCUCACACUGUGGUGAAGAGAGUGUCACCAUUCGUCAGACAGAUUGACUUUGCUCUGGACUGGAUGGCUCUGGAGGCUGGCCGUGCCGUCUAUAGACAGGGAGACAAGUCAGAUAGCACCUUCAUUGUCCUCAGUGGCCGACUGCGCUCUGUCAUUGCAAAGGAUGAUGGGAAGAAGGAACUGGCCGGAGAGUAUGGCCGUGGGGAUCUAAUCGGUGUGGUCGAGGCCCUCACUCACAUGAACCGAGCCACCACGGUCCAUGCUGUCAGGGACUCCGAGCUGGCCAAGCUACCUGAAGGAGCCCUAAACUCCAUCAAGAGGAGGUAUCCUCAGGUUGUCACCAGGCUGAUUCAUCUGUUGGGACAGAAGAUCCUGGGCAACAUGCAACAGGUCAAUGGACCUCUGGCUGCUCGUAGUCUGGCUCUCCACACCCCCACCAGCAAGUGGGAUGCUGGGAAUCCAGCCUCCAACCUGUCCACUGUGUCCAUCCUGCCUGUGUCUGAGGAGGUUCCCCUCACUGCCUUCACUCUGGAGCUACAGCAUGCUCUCAGUGGCAUUGGCCCUACUCUACUCCUGACCAGUGACAUCAUCAAACAGCGCCUAGGCUCUGCUGCUCUGGACAGUGUGCAUGAGUACCGUCUGUCCAGUUGGCUCGGGCAGCAGGAAGACAUCCAUCGCAUUGUCCUCUACCAAGCUGACUCUGGCCUCACGCCUUGGACCCAGCGCUGCAUCCGCCAGGCUGACUGCAUCAUCAUUGUGGGACUGGGUGAGCAGGAGCCCACUGUGGGUGAGUUGGAGCGAAUGUUGGAGGGCAGUGCAGUUCGUGCUCAGAAGCAGCUGGUGUUGCUGCACAAGGAGGAUGGCCCACCGCCCAAAGGGACAGCCGAAUGGCUGAACAUGCGGAGCUGGAUCUCCAGACACCACCACCUGUCCUGCCCCCGCAGAGUGUUCUCCAGGAGGAGUUUACCAAAGCUGAGAGAGCUGUACCAGCGUGUGUUUGAAAAGUGUCCAGAUCGUCAUUCCGACUUCUCUCGUCUGGCCAGGAUCCUAACAGGAAACAGCAUCGCCCUUGUGCUGGGUGGAGGGGGUGCUAGGGGUUGCUCUCAGGUGGGUAUCCUGCGGGCUCUGAAUGAGGCGGGGAUCCCUAUCGACAUGGUGGGCGGCACCUCCAUUGGCUCGUUCAUGGGAGCGUUGUACGCCGAGGAGAAGAGCAACAGUCGCAUGAGGGUCCGGGCUCGUGAAUGGGCCAUGGAUAUGACCUCUUACUUCAAGAAGAUCUUGGAUCUGACCUACCCUGUUACCUCUAUGUUUUCUGGAGCUUCCUUUAACUCCAGCAUUAGCUCCGUCUUCAAGGGUAAACAGAUAGAGGACCUAUGGCUACCGUACUUCAACAUUACAACAGAUAUCACAGCUUCCUCUAUGAGAGUGCACACUGACGGUUCGUUGUGGCGGUAUGUGCGGGCUAGUAUGUCUCUGUCGGGCUACCUGCCACCUCUCUGUGAUCCCAAAGAUGGACACUUACUCAUGGACGGAGGGUACAUCAACAACCUGCCAGCCGAUGUGGCUCGCUCUAUGGGGGCCAAGGUUGUGAUUGCAAUUGAUGUUGGAAGUCGGGAUGAAACCAACCUAACCAACUAUGGUGAUGCCCUGAACGGCUGGUGGCUGCUGUGGAAACGCCUCAACCCUCUGGCUGAGAAAGUCAAGGUCUUGAACAUGGCAGAGAUCCAAACCCGGCUUGCUUACGUCUGCUGCGUACGGCAGCUGGAACUGGUCAGAGACAGUGAAUACUGCGAGUACAUUCGGCCGCCCAUCGAUCGCUACGGCACAUUAGAGUUUGGCAAGUUCGACGAGAUCGCUGAGGUUGGAUACCAGCACGGAAAGACAUUGUUUGAUGUGUGGCAGCGCAGCGGUGUGGUGGACAGCAUGCUCAAGGACAGACAUCAGGCCGAGUUCCACAAGACCAAAACUGGGCAUGUGGUCACCUGUCCGAAUGCCUCCUUCACUGACCUGGCAGAGAUAGUGUCGAGAAUCGAACCAGUCAAGAAUGCCUUAGUCGAUGAGGAACUGUCUGAUGAAUGCCAGACAGACUAUGAUGAGGAGACAGUGGAAAGCGCUCUAUCUGACUUUGAGGCGUUCACUGCCGGCAGUGAACACACUGAGGGAGAGGAGACGGCAGACACUGCUGAAACAGAUGAUGAAAUUCAAGUCCAAGUCCGACAUCGGGCUAGGAAUGUCCCACAGAGUCCAUGACGUCCGUCGAAGCUGUGACUGCCUGUCAAGGCUGCUGAUCAUGGUCCACAACACACACAUUUAAAUGCAGUACUUCUGGGAACCUUUGAGAACUGAGUUUGUAGCUUUUACUUUUAUCCAAUGAGCAGCCAUGGAACACCAGCGUCUUCCUCAAAGACUCAACUGUUGAUGGAUAUUGUGACUUCUUGUUAGGCCCAAACUUUCCAGCAGAGGGAGGUAGUUUUAAUUGACUGAAGAGUCCCAGUAUGUAGUAUCCUGGUUUCUGUACUUCUAUACAUUUUAAUGGUUUAAACACUUCAGUAACAAACCAGGGUUCCCACUUCAUAGGGAGUUCCUAAGACUUCAUGCAUUUAGGAGAUGUGAACAGGGAAAUAUCUGACUUUUGUCUGUUCUCCCAGGGAGGUCAGAGAACAGCAAAGAAUUUUACAAAUCGGUUAAAUUACAGGAAUACAGCAAUGUUUGUUUUUUAUCUUGUCUGGCACGUGCAUUGACUUGUAUGGCAGUUUCUUGUUCCGUUGUAGUUAUGGAGAAACGGAAAGUGAACGGCAUUGUACCACCAUGAGAGCCUUGAAAAUUCUGAGAAGAUUGGUAUCUUCAUACAAGCAUGUCACACACAACUUCAAAAUGCACUGUAAUCUUUCAACAUAAUAUUUCAUAAUAUGCAGUGACACUUUUUGGGACUGCUCAAUGUGCAGCUGGUUCCUACCAUAAUAAGCUCAGGUCCAUAAAGCACUACAGAGCAUUUCAUAAUGUUUACAUAUAAAUUAAAACAGUAAAUAGAAGUUUAAUGUGCCUAGAAUGCACUUCAGUCCAGUGUUAGCCUCUAUAUUUCUGUCCAGUGAAGAAGGUAUUUCUCACCUUUCACAGAAGGGAAAUUUGAAUUCAUUCUAGAAUAAGCUUUUUCUAAUUAUUGUGGCCUUCAGUGAAGACAGUGACUCCAAAUAACAGUUAUUGCACUGAUCAUUGUUUUUAGUAAACAUGAAGGGACUUUCAGUAUUUUCACAAAACCAUCCAUAUUAUACAUGCAGUAUUAUUGUAUUACAAGUCUUCAUGUUGUGAGUCUGGUCUUUGUUAUGACUUAUGAGAGCAUGAUUAUGACAACACAUUUUAUAUUUCACUUCACCUGUCCAUUUUGCACAUCAUGCUCUGUGCCUGUAUGAACCAAACAAGCUGGUGUGUAUGAAUACACCCUCGCUGACUUUGCACAUGAUCGACCACUUAAUGCUGGUCUUUGCAACUGUGCCAUUAAAACAGUGAACCAGCCUUAAUUUUUUUUUUUUCCAAAUUUCCAUUUUUUUUUUACUAGGUAUGGUUAUUGAUAAAAGUUACUUAAUUAGUGCACACCGUUUUAUGCCUCUGCACCAGCUUAAGCCAUGGAUGGAGGCAUUAUUUUUUUGGGUUGUCUGUUCGUCCAUCCUGUUCUUGUGAACGCUACAUCUCAAGAACACAUUGAGGGAAUUUCCUCAAAUUUGGCACAAAUAUCCAUGUGGACUCAGUGAUGAUGUAAUUUGGUGGUCAAAGGCCAAGGUCACCAUGACCCCCUUUGUUGCAUUCCCUUGAACGCAAUAUUUCAGAAACACCAUUAGUGAAUUUCUUCAGAUUUGGCACAAACAUCCACUUAGACUUAACAAUGAACUGAUAUGAACUUGGUGGUCAAAGGUCACUGUGACCUUACAAAACAUGUUUUUGGCCACAACUCAAAUGCUAAUUAUGAGAAAAUUUCAGAGAAAUGUCUAAUAGAAUAAAACAAUGAAGUGAUGACAUUUUAAAUCCAAAAGGUCAAAGGACAACUUAACUGUGACAACGUGAUGUUUUCCGUCCAUAAUUCAAUGUCAUAUCUCAGGAACAGAAGGGGAGACAUUUGGUCAGAUACUGAAUUGGUGACACUAAUCUUGGGUGUCCACUUUGAAACUGUGCUGAUUGUAUAGAUCUUCUGUGCUGCCGGGGGGAAGACGUGUGUGAGGCAUUCAUGUUUUAGAAUUUGUAACUUCUUUGCAGCAACAUCCAUAUUGUCAACUGUCAUGCUACAUACAAUGUCUGGACAGACAUGAAAGCAAACUGUAGCUUGGCUGGUUGGUGGAGGCAUGUAACCGAGAGGCAGUAAUUGUAGUUGGUUUUUAUAACCUGUACCUGGGAACAAAGUACCUGAACCUACCAAUCUGUUGUUCAUUUUAUAGACAGUACCAGGUGACUGCUUAACAAACAGACAACCUAACAACCCUAAAGACAUGACUCACCGUUGCUGAGUAGUAAUACAUGCCUGGACCUUCUUAUGUCAAACUGUAUAAUCGACUGAAAAUCAUAGAAAGUGCUCUCUACUGUAAAUGUGAUUGAUACUAUAUGAAAACUAGUACCUGCCAAUUCAUGCAAAAGUACACAUUUUGUAGCAGCCAUUUGUUCUGUUUAAUCACUGUGGUUGUGGACCCCUUUGUGGUUUUGACUCAGUGAUUCCUUCUUUUAGGUUUUUAUGACUGAAAAUAAAAGUGUUACGAGUAUAGUAGCUGUGAUAAUAAUCUAGAUCCCAUGUCUGUAGUCUUGGAUGAUUGUUCUGUUUAAGAUUUUAUCCUAAUAGGGAAUAGUUACCACAUUACAAUGUUUUCUUUGCCUUUGAAAAACUGAAUUUCUUGUUUUCAGUUUGAUGUGAGAUAUUAUUGUUAAAUAGUUAAAGAUGUAGAAUACUUUAAUAGUGAACAAACUGCUGGGUAGUAAUAAUAUCCACUAUUUGAUAGAAAUUAAAAGUUAAUAUGGAGAAACUGAAGGGAAGAUCCAGAUGAUGAAUUAUUCUGUGGAAAUGUGAAAUAAUGAUGAAACUGUUUGUUCCCGUGAUAAAAUAAAUUUGUUUAUGGCUGUCA